UGAAUCAAACGUCAAAUAGCCGCAUGGGUGACGUUAUUGGAUUUCGCAGAUGUUCACUCUUCUUUUUCACCUCUCUUGCCCUAUUUGAGGGCUUGAAACACUGCCAGCGAGAAUGGGCUAUUAGCUACUACACAUUACACGAAAGGCGUUUUCUUGGAUGUUUGAUAGGUCUUGACUGGGUUGAGCAAAUCUCGUGCGCUACGAACAUUGAAUCCACGAAACAGAUUGGAUACAUGUUUACUAAACAAUCACGAUUUCAAAGUUUACGUACCAUCAAGUUGACAGCUUUAUUAUUGGCUUUUGACUAACCAUGUUGCUCCACAGUCAACUUAGUCCUCGCACGCACAGUGUGCAAGAGCACCGAAGCGAAUUGCAAACUAGCACGUGAUCUCGCGAACGGGCGACGUGACACCUCCGAACCCCAAUCCCAAUUCCAGCCCACCAGAUCUCAAGACUCCCCCCACCAAAAAUCGCCCACACAUUUCAUUUCACCAUCCAACAUGCCAUAACCACCAGUCAAAACUCACCACAACUCCCUCCACACCACCCUCACCAAUCUGCGACAUCAAUCAAGAUGACAACGUCACCGCCAUCCCACACCCUCACCCUCUCCUUCCUCCUCGCGCUCCUCUCAACCCUCCUCACAGCCGCCCUUCUCCGCCUCCACACUCUCCUCUCCUCCCAAUCCCACAACCCUCCAAAAACACGCCCAAAAACAAACCAAGCACGCGUGCUCAUCGUCCUAGGAAGCGGCGGCCACACACACGAGAUGUUCUACCUCCUGCGCGGGCUGGACACAAGGAAAUACGCGACGAGGGACUACGUGGUUAGCAGCGGCGACGCGUUCUCAGGGGUGCGAGCUCGGGAGUUCGAAGAGACUCUUCAAGCGAAGCGGAACGGGGAGGAGGACGGAGAAGGAGGAGGAGGGGAUUAUACGAUCCACAGUCUCCCCCGCGCACGAAGAAUCCACCAACCGCUGUAUACGACGCCCGUCUCCGCGCUCCGGUCUUUUGUUGCUGCGUUUCCCAUCUUGCUCUCGCGCUCGCCGGGCUCGUCGGCCGCUGACGCUCUGCCGGACCUUGUUCUGGCUAAUGGCCCUGGAACCGCUGUUAUUCUCGUUUAUGCGGCGCUGCUGCUGCGUUUCUUUGAUAUCCGCCGCGCUGAGUCGGAGAGGAAACUGCGGAUUGUGUAUGUGGAGAGUUUUGCGAGGGUGAGGACGCUGAGUCUGAGUGCGCGGUUGGUGGGGUGGUGUGUGGAUCGGUUUUUGGUGCAGUGGGAGGGGUUGGAGGGGAAAGGUGGACGGGGAAGGGGAGAGUUUUGCGGGAUCUUGGUUUGA